UGGAACGAUGGUGGUGGAGAGUGACAGUGACACGCGGAAGAGAGUCGCAACAUGGGAAUCGAACAGUGUAGUCAUGGUCGAGUGAUAAACCUUGUGAUAAGAUUAAACGAGUAUAUUAGACUCAGUGUCUCAAUUAUUAAGAAACCUUAAUUGGCAAAUUCCCUUCUCUGAAGCCCUCCUAUCCUGACACCACCAUCUAAGAUAUUCCUUCGUAUAACCUAUACCAGGUAUCUUACAGAAGCCCUCCUAUCCUGACACCACCAUCUAAGAUAUUCCUUCGUAUAACCUAUACCAGGUAUCUUACAAAGAAAGAGAAGUGACAUAUUAAAAGUUAUUAUCAAGCGGCACAGUAGCGUCGCGACGCCAAGUACAUUUAUUAAUAUUAUAUAAAAAUACAGAUUUGUGACACUUAAUGACAACCAAGUGGACUGUAAUUCAUCAAUUAAAAGAUGUUGCAGGGAAGUAGGAAAAGAGUAACAUCAUAUUUGUAAAACUGGAAAUAUAUUUUAAGUUGUGGGAGGAUGGACUAUAUAUGUUGAUGCUGCCUAUAAAAUAAUAUUUAUUACGAUGUGCAACAAACUUCUAUUAAACUUUUAUGCAAACAUCGCUCUAAAUAAUUGAUUGGCAACAGCAGAGCAAUGGAAUCUUUUGAAAUACUAUGCGGUAUUGCGGCUAUAUGUUUUGCUGCUUAUUAUUAUUUUACAUCAAGCUAUGAUUUUUGGAAGUCACGUGGCAUUCGCGGUCCAAAACCGAUACCAGUUUUUGGUAAUUUUAAAGACGUUAUUCUUAAUAAAAAGUUCGCAGGAGAUUAUUUAAUGGAAAUAUACAAUGAGUAUAAAAAUGAAUCCAUGAUUGGAAUAUUCACAAGAAAAACACCCAUUCUUAUUGUAAAAGAUCCAGAUUUAAUUAAGGAUAUUCUUAUCAAAGAUUUUUCUAAGUUCGCCGAUAGAGGACAUCCUGUGUUCAGUGAAAAAGCUGAUCCACUAUCGCAACAUCUCUUUUCUUUAGAGCCUAAAAGAUGGCGACCUUUAAGGAUAAAGUUGUCGCCCGUUUUUACGUCUGGUAAGUUAAAAGAAAUGUUCUCUUUAAUAUCGGAAUGCGCUGAUCAUCUUGAACAAUAUAUUGAGAAAUUAGUGAGCAAAAACGAGACUAUAGAAUGCCGCGAGGUAACGGCAAAAUAUACGACCGAUGUAAUCGGUACUUGUGCAUUCGGCAUCGAAAUGAACGCUCUAUCAGACGAAGACAGUGAAUUUCGUAGGAUGGGAAGAAUGGUCUUCACGCCAACCUGGCAAAAUAUUCUACGGAUGAAAAUAAAACAUGCUUUUCCAUGGCUCUACGAAAUGCUCAGUUAUAUCCUACCACAAUCGGAAGUCAAUCAAUUUUUCACACGUGUUGUGACAGAAACCAUAAAUUACAGAGAAACAAAUAAUGUCAUUAGGCAUGAUUUCAUUGAUAUGCUGCGCGAGUUAAAAAAGAAUCCAGAUAAAGUGGGUGAUAUUGAGAUGACUGAAAGCUUGAUAGCUUCUCAAGCAUUCGUAUUUUUCCUUGCCGGUUUUGAAACUUCAUCGACGACUAUGAGUCAUGCGCUUUAUGAAUUGGCAUUAAAUCAACAAAUACAAGAUAAGCUACGUGAGGAAAUUAAUCAAGAGUACACUAAGCACGAUAGUAAUUUAACAUAUGAAAAUGUAAAAGAGAUGAAUUACUUGGAUAAAGUUUUCAAAGAAACUUUACGAAAAUAUCCACCAGCGACAUUUCUUAUGCGACAAUCGACAUCAAGUUAUACUUUCGAUGAUACUACACUUGACAUAACUAAAAAUCAAAAAGUAUGGAUUCCGAUUUUCGCGAUUCAUCGAGAUCCGGAUAUUUAUCCGAAGCCAGAUAUUUUUGAUCCAGAAAGAUUUAAUGACGAAGCAAUACAAACUAGACAUCCGAUGCACUAUCUACCUUUUGGUGAUGGGCCAAGAAAUUGUAUUGGUGCUCGCUUUGCUGUUUAUCAGACAAAGGAUCCAUCCGCCACUGUUAUUGGCACAGUGAGGAUAUUGUUAUUCAUUAGAAGGAUCUUAAGAGAUAGUCACUCUACAUUGUGUCGUCGAUACCGUUUCUCAUACAAGGCCAGGCGGAAGUCAGCAUGCAGUACAUGCGAACAUUUCCACCGACACUUAUUUGGUCAGCCAGCAACCUUCCAAGGAUCCUCCAUAGCAAUCGGCAUUGCAUUCAUCAAGCGAGAUGCCAACAUCUGCUAGAGUUGCAUAUCACCAUUUUAAAAAUCGACAUUAAAUGUGAGAUCCAGAUAGCUCAGUGAUCUAGAGUAGUUGCCCGGAAAGCGAAAGAAUCGAUUCUUUUUCCAACCAUUUGCAUCUCACAUAUUUUUCUAGUUCACAAAUAUUGUUUUCUAGCAAUUAUUCUUUAAGCUAAAAAGUGUGUGAAUGCUCUAUUCACAUUAUAUGUUUCGAUGCCAUUGCCACGGAUAGAUUCUGUCGCUCAUUGGCUGAAUGUGCAUACAGACACUUCUAACCUCUUAACACAUACCCUUUAUUUUUACUAGAAGAUACCGAAUC